UCUCCCAAACUGCCCUUGCUUAUCAAACAACUGGAGUUAACCUCUAAGUCUUAGCAAUCCUCCUUUGGAAGCCUCCCCUUGCUGAGCUGCAAUGUGAGAUGCCCAACUUGUCUUCUUUUUUUCUCAUGCUGGGAAAGCAGGUCCAAGAUGGACUUAAAGCAGAAUGAUUCCUAGCCUUCGUGUGUGUGUGUGUGUUUCUGGUGAUUGAACCUAGGGCCUCAUGCAUGCUGGGCCCGUGUUCUGCUGCUGUCCUCUUUUUAAUGGUUGCUGUCUUUGAAGCUACGGCUGUCCUAGUCAGCAGCUCUGCCGCUACCAGUGGCCAGGCUACAAGUAGCGCAGCCUGAGGAAAUUCUGUUCCCUCUGGCACCACGCUUUCAGAGAGAACUUAUUUAAGUCUCCGUUCCCCCUAAAGAUCUCGUGAUUCAAAGGUUGAGGUAGAAUCUUGCUCCCCGGAGAGUCUGAACAGCAAGCAGCUCACCUAGCUCGCCUCCUUGUGCUCUUCCUGGCCCCUCCUUAUAAACCCUUCACCACCUGGCUCCGCCCUACUACUUCCCAUCAGCUAGUUGCUGGCUCAGCCUCCAGACUGCCAGUAAAUUUUAUUUAGUCAAACACAUCUUUGCAUCAUUAAACAAGUGUUCCGAGCAUAAAUAAAAGUAACACACCUUAAGAUAAUAUUCUACAACAGUCUACCACUGACCAGUUUUAACUUUGUAAGACAGGGUCUCCCUAAGUUGCCCAGGCUGGCUUUGAACUUGCAGUCCUGCCUCAGCCUCCUGAGUAGCAGAGAUUACAAGCCCUCACCAGGACCUGCUUUUAAAAGCUACCUGCUGGGGUUCCAAGAUGAUGUGGACAGAGGCACUCAGUGCCAAGAUGACCAACUGAAGUUGAUCCUUAGGUGGAAGGAGAGUACCAGUCUCACAAGAUGUCACACACACACACUAAAUCGUAUUUUAAAAAUAAGUUAAACCAGCUGGGCGGUGUUGGCGCACACCUUUAAUCCCUCCCUACACUUGGGUGGCAGAGGCAGGCGGAUCUCUGAUUUCAAGGCCAACCUGGUGUACAGGAGCUGGUUUCAGACAGGCUCCAAAGCCACAGAGAAACCCUCUGUGGGGAAGGGGGCAGCGGUGAGGAGUAAAAGUAAAACCUAGCUCCUAAGGAACUGAGGCAGAAAGAUCACCCACACUUUCCCCCAUCGUGUUGUUUGAAUGUAAGACACUGAAAAAUAAAGGUUUGGGGAGCUGACUUUAUGGAUAGGAAUUUAUUCAAGCAGGAAGACCCAGGUUCGGAUCUCCAGAACACACAAAGGCUGGGCAGAUUGGGCAUCCAGCUCUCGGGGAAUUGCUGGGGUUACGCUGGCUAGCUAAAACUAGAAGAAUCAAUCAAUGAGCUCUGGAUUCAAUUGCGUAGCCCGGCCUCAGAUUUUCUGGAAAAGAUUCUUAUCCAUCAUUAGCUUCAGGCGUCCCCAGGAAUGCAAAAACAUAAAAUUAUCUUUUAACGCCCCCCCCCCUUAAAAGAGCAAAACAAGGGACUUGCAGGUUAUGAAGACUCCAGACUGGAGAACAGCAAACGGCCACCCUGGAAAUCUCACUCUCCACCCGAAAGCCCGCCCCCACACAAGAGGCUGGGCUUUGGGGCAGACCUGCUCCUUGGGAGGGGUGGUGGCAAAACCUGUUUGAAGAUGAGGUUGCCUCCCUUCCACACCUCCUUAGAGGCCAGAGCAACAGCUGAAACAGAAAAGGAAAGAGUGGUGGGGGCUGGGAUCACAGCCUCCUACCCUGCAUAAAGUGUUGAGAGAACUCGGGACGCCGAGGAAGAUGGGCACUGUGCAGGAAACGGGGAAACUGGCAUCAGGAGGAGCAGGGUGAGUAAGGGCUUGCCCUGACCACAGGCGGAGAGGGCGGUUCCUACCAGUCAAGGCUUCCCGGAUUCCUCAAAGAAGAGCUCGAAGAGGAGGGACAGGGUGGUUUGAGGCAGGAACGUAUACAGAAUGGAACAAUUCCACAGUUGAAAGUUCCUAUCUUACAUCGGAUAGACCACCUUUCUCUUUCUUAUCAAACCCCCACUCUCUAGAAUGGAAAUCUGGCCCAGAGCUGAAUUUUUUUCUUUUCUUUUUUUUUUUUCCGAGACAGGGUUUCUCUGUAGUUUUAGAGCCUGUCCUGGAGCUAGCUCUUGUAGACCAGGCUGGCCUCGAACUCACAACUCACAGAGAUCCGCCUGCCUCUGCCUCCCGAGUGCUGCGAUUAAAAAGGCUUGUGUCACCACCGCCUGGCCAGAACUGAAUUUGUACCCGGGUUCUGCUUCCCGGUGACUCUGUCCUUUCUCCCUGUCUUUAGAUGUGCCUCAUUUUCCCGCACAGUGGAGGAAAGGUGGGGCUGACCAGGUGCCGUCAGCUAGUCCUUUGCUCAGGGUUAACUGGCCAGGUUUGUCUGGGCUCCAGCUAGUUGUGAUGUGGGAUGCCUUCCGUGCCUACACUGCAGGUGAAGUCACUACCACAGAGGCAAAGGGAUUGCCUGAUGGCCCUGCCUCUCUGCUAAACUCAUCCGUAGGUGAUUUGAUUCAGCCGAGUGGAAAAGGUAGAAUAUCUGUACACGAGCGUCCUCUGUGACACGUUCUUCACGCUUGUGUCUGCCACCUGCUGUCUGGCUCCCGCAGGUUGAAUAGGUUGUCUCAUGAUCUUCUCUUCUUGGGGGGCGGGGGCUGAUGUCAGGGCUGGGGAGAAGGCAGGAGCCGCAGAGCCAGGAGCAGCCCUGAGACUCGGAGAGCUGGAACUGAGGGAAGAAUGGCAAGACGAGGAGUUUCCCAGAUUGCUUCCUGAGGAGGCCAGCUCAGCUGGAGAUCCCGAAGACCCUCAGAGAGACUCACAGGCCGCCACAGGUACCCCCAGCACGCUGGCCCUGUGUGGCCAGCGCCCUAUGCGGAAGCGUCUCUCUGCCCCAGAAUUGCAGCUGAAUCUGACCGAGGGAAGAGGAAAAACUGGAGCUUCUCCCAACCAUUCCGAAUCUUCCUCUUCGGAUGGCAGCUUGGACCUGGAGGUGGAUGAGCUGGAGACACCGUCCGACUCUGAGCAGCUUGACAGCGGACAUGAAUUUGAAUGGGAAGAUGAUUUGCCUCGGGCAGAAGGCCUGGGGGCCAGCGAGGCAGCUGAGAGGCUGGGCCGGGGUUGUGUGUGGGACGUGGCUGGAGAGGACGGCCAUCGCUGGAGAGUGUUCCGGACAGGACAGCGAGAGCAGCGAGUGGACAUGACCGUCAUUGAGCCCUAUAGGAAAGUGCUGUCUCAUGGAGGUUACCAUGGUGAUGGCCUCAAUGCUGUCAUCCUCUUUGCUUCCUGCUAUCUACCCACAAGCAGCGUUCCCAACUACACCUAUGUCAUGGAACACUUGUUCAGGUAUAUGGUGGGAACUCUGGAACUGCUGGUAGCUGAAAAUUAUCUGCUCGUUCACUUGAGUGGAGGCACACGCAGGGCCCAGGUACCGCCUCUGGGCUGGAUACGCCAGUGUUACCGUACCUUGGAUAGGAGGCUUCGGAAAAACCUUCGAGCCCUGGUGGUUGUCCACGCUACAUGGUAUGUGAAGGCGUUCCUGGCACUGGUUCGGCCCUUUAUCAGUUCCAAGUUCACACGAAAGAUCCGAUUUCUGGACAGCCUUGGGGAGCUGGCUCAACUCAUCUCCCUAGAUCAAGUCCACAUCCCUGAAGUUGUCAGACAGCUGGACCAGGAUCUCCAUGGCUCAAAGGCACCUAACACAAAACUGGACAAGGGGCCGUAGACUCAGGCCAAGAUGGUGAAUGCUCUGCACACUGGAGCUGUUCUGUAAAUCAUCUCAUCCUAACCCCCCAAGUUCCACUGGAUCCCCGCUUCUGGACACUGCCUUCAAGCUGGGAUUUGAGGGUGGAACCCUAUAUGUGGGGUGACUUGCAUUUCGGCUUCCAAAAGGAAGACCGAGUGUGGUAUUGGAAGGGCAGGGCUCUGGGUUUUAAUUCUGCUUUAGCUAUAAAACAUGUGGGUCUCAUAUUCCUUCUCUGUAAUCAAAACCUCUGGGAUCCUUCCCAGCUGGUUGUCUUAGCAGCCUUUUGAGGGGAGGUGGAGGGAAGGUGAGGGUUUAACCAACAACCACAGCCAGCCUGUCUACUGGGAUCCCAGGAGCCAGCUUGCAGACUCUUGAAGAGCCAAUCCCUUAGUCUGCUCCUGUGAUCCUGGGAAGAAUUGCUACCAAAGUUGGCGUUUUCACCCUUGUUAGUAAAUUCAGACCUGUGGCCUUUAAUAAACUGUGA